AUUCCUCCGACAGAGAAGAACCAAUCAAAACGCGAGACUGUUAAGCGGUUCCAUCCCCAAAACCGGGGCUGCGUCAUACCUCCGCGUCUUUUCAAAGAGAAGAACAACAACAAUAAACGCCAGAAAUUUAAAAGAAAAAAAAAGAUUGAGCUCCGCAGAGUUGUUUUUAAUUUAUUUAACAUUUUGUUGCGCACCAGUUGACAAGGCGUGGACGAUUAAUAAAAAACAAAAAGAAAAACAGCUACUAAACAGAAUCCGGUCUGCUGCCAUGGACAGUGUGAAGAUGGAAUCUGUCCAGAUUAAAGAGGAGUUCCCUGAACUUGAACUGGUCCCCAUUAGAGUGGAGUUCUCUGGGCUGGCUUCCCUCCCCAUUAAACAGGAGCUCUGUGAGAUGCAAUGUGAGAGCAGUCAGCCAGAGGUCUCUGACAUUAAAGCUGAGCACAAUGAAUUGGAGAUCCCCCAGACAGAAGAACCCCUUCCUGUUAAACAAGAAGAGGUGCUGGAAACUGUCCGUAUUAAACAGGAGCCCCCUGAAGUAGAGUUUGAGCACAUGGAACCAGGGAAGGAAGAAUCCAAGGACUUCAAACCAAACACCCCUGAGCUGGAGCCUGUACGCCUGCGGGAGUGUAGCGUGGUGCUAGAGAGAAUCUGCGUGAGAGAGCAAGGCGCUGGAGAGGAAGGCUCUCCCAACAGCACGCAAGGAGGUGGAAAGGAAGACGGGCGCUCCCAUUCAGAAUGCAGUCUAGCAGGUUCCAGUCCAGCAGCUAAAGCGAGGGCAGGCGGUGGAGAAUAUCCUGACUGUGGAAAAGGUUUCACCCAGUUAGGACGUUUAAAAAUACACCAGCUAAUUCACACAGGAGAGAAACCGUAUCGCUGCUCUCACUGUGGGAAGAGUUUCAGCGAAAGUGGAACCCUGAGAAAUCACGAGCGAAUUCACACAGGAGAGAAACCGUAUUGCUGCUCUCACUGUGGGAAGAGUUUCAAUCGCUUAGGAAACCUGAAAACACACCAGCAAAUUCACACAGGAGAGAAAACAUAUCGCUGCUCUGACUGUGGGAAAAGUUUCAGGGAAAGUGGAACCCUGAGAAAUCACGAGCGAAUUCACACAGGAGAGAAACCGUAUUGCUGCUCUGACUGUGGUAAGAGUUUCAGUCAAUCAGGGCCCCUGAAAGCACACCAGCAAAUUCACACAGGAGAGAAACUGUAUUGCUGCUCUGACUGUGGGAAGAGUUUCAGAAAUUCAGGAAAACUGAAAACACACCAGAGAAUUCAUACAGGAGAGAAACCGUAUUGCUGCUCUGACUGUGGGAAGAGUUUCAGAGUUUCAGAAAAACUGAAAACACACCAGCGAAUUCACACAGGAGAGAAACCAUAUUGCUGCUCUGACUGUGGGAAGAAUUUUAGUCUGUUAGGACACCUGAAAUCACACCAGCAAAUUCACACAGGAGAGAAACCGUAUAGCUGCUCUGACUGUGGGAAGAGUUUCAGAAAUUCAGGAACACUGAAAAUACACCAGCGAAUUCAUACAGGAGAGAAACCGUAUUGCUGCUCUGACUGUGGGAAGAGUUUCAGUCAGUUAAGUAACAUGAAAACACACCAGUUAACUCACACAGAAGAGAAACCAUAUUGCUGCUCUGAUUGUGGGAAGAGUUUCAGAGAAAGAGGAACCCUGACAAAACAUGAGCGAAUUCACACAGGAGAGAAACCGUAUUGCUGCUCUGACUGUGGGAAGAGUUUCAGAAAUUCAGGAAAACUGAAAACACACCAGCGAAUUCACACAGGAGAGAAACCGUAUAGCUGCUCUGACUGUGGGAAAAGAUUCAGUCUGUUAGGAAACCUGAAAACACACCAUAAAAUUCACACAGGAGAGAAACCAUAUCGCUGCUCUGACUGUGGGAAGAGUUUCAGAGUUUCAGGAAAACUGAAAACACACCAGCGAAUUCAUACAGGAGAGAAACCAUAUUUCUGCUCUGACUGUGGGAAGAGUUUCAGGCAUGCAGACUCCCUGAAUAAACACCAGCGAAUUCAUACAAGAGAGAAACCGUAUCGCUGCUCUGACUGUGGGAAGUGUUUUAGUCAGUUAAGUAACCUCAAAACACACCAGCAAACUCACACAGGAGAGAAAUUGUAUCAGUGCUCUGACUGUGGGAAGAGUUUCAACAAGUUAGGACAUCUUCAAACACACCAGUGAAUUCACACCGGAGACAAACCCUAAGGACCAUGUUCAUUCAGAAAGAAACAUUACCUUACAUCAGCGCUCCAGAUAAGGUUUGGGGUCUAGGAGUAACUUACCCUCUAAUUUUAACACUGAGAGUAAAAUGUAUUUUCAGUGGGUAAAAUGCAACAUUACCAUGAAGUCCUGAGUAAUCUCGAUAAAUACUGUACAAUCUUUGAUGGUAAUGGGCAGGCAUUAAAAAAAAUCCUUCCAUUUUAACUGCAAUGUUUCUUUGAACUACGGCACAACCACAGUUCUCCAAGGUUCUUUAUCGGCUCAGCGCAUUUUUUUUUCGAUGUAUCACACUGACUCUACAAAUCAAUUACGUUAUAUUUUAACAUUAACCUCUUUUGCGAUACGGACGUACUUGGCACGUCAUGAUUAAAAACAUUAUUAAAAAUGUUUAAAAAAAAUCUA